AUGAAGGGCUUCAUGACCGUCCGAUUUGACCAUGUCAACCCUGCGUCUGAAAAAGCCAACAAAGAUGAUACCCGACGCUCUCUCGCGGGGCUAGAUUACUCCCCCCUGCCCAGACUGACCAUGCGGUCACUGGCGAUGGGUGCGCUCGUCAGUAUGGGCGGACUAAUUUUCGGCUACGACACCGGCCAAAUCUCCGGAUUCCUAGAAAUGGACGACUUUCUCAACCGUUUCGGCAUGAGACACCCCGAAAACGGAGAAUUGUACUUCUCCGCCGUGCGCUCCGGCCUCAUCGUCUCGCUCCUCAGCAUCGGCACGCUCAUCGGCGCACUGACAGCCGCCCCUAUCGCCGACCGUAUUGGCCGCAAGCCCUCCGUGUCGAUAUGGUGUCUCGUCACGUCCAUCGGGUUCGUGGUACAAAUUGCCGCCGUGUCGGCGUGGUAUCAAGUCAUGAUUGGGAGGUUCAUCGCUGGUCUGGGCGUCGGCGCGCUCAGUCUCCUCGUGCCGAUGUAUCAGGCUGAGACGGCGCCGCCCUGGAUCAGAGGAGCGAUGGUGUGCGCGUACCAGCUUUUCAUUACGAUGGGCAUUUUCCUCGCUGCGACGUUCAACUACGGUACUUAUACGCACCAUCGUCAUGACUCGGCGAGCUGGAGGAUCGUCAUUGGUCUGGGCUGGAUCUGGACGAUUAUCCUGGGCGUGGGAAUUUUGGCUUUCCCUGAGACGCCGCGAUAUGAUUUCCGUAAUGGGAAUGCUGAGAGGGCGAAGGAGACGCUGUGCAAGGUAUAUGGCACGACGCAGAACCAUUGGGCUGUGUACACGCAGAUUGAGGAGAUUGAGUCAAAGCUCAAUGCGGAAGAUAAGGUCAAGCAUGGUCCUGUCAAGGAGUUCAUCACCAUGUUCAAGGCACCGAAGAUGGCGUACCGAAUUGCGCUCGGCGUCGCUCUCCAAAUGUUCCAGCAGUUGACCGGUGCGAAUUACUUCUUCUACUACGGCACCACCAUCUUCAAGUCCGUCCAGAUCAGCAGCUUCAUCACGCAAAUCAUACUCAACACGAUAAACUUCCUCGUCACCUUCAUCGGCCUCUACAUCGUCGAGCACUACGGCCGACGCAAGUCGCUCAUGGCCGGCUCAACAUGGAUGUUCAUCUGCUUCAUGAUCUUCGCCACCGUCGGGCACUACCGCUUCGACCAGAAGAACCCUGAAAACACACCCACCGAGGGCAUCGUCCUCAUCGUAUUUGCGUGCCUCUUCAUCCUCGGCUUCGCCACCACCUGGGGACCCAUGAUCUGGACUAUCCAGGCGGAGCUGUUCCCCUCGCGGUACAGGGCGAAGGGCAUGGCUCUCGGCACGGCGUCCAACUGGAUCUGGAACUUUUGCAUCGGUUUCUUCUCGACGUUUAUUUUUAACGCUAUUGAUUUCCAGUAUGGGUACGUGUUUGCCGUGUGUAAUGUUAUUGGUGGCUUGAUUGUGUUCUUCUUUGUUAUCGAGGGUCAGGGCCGUACGAUCGAGGAGAUUGAUACGAUGUAUUUGGAGGGUGUGACGCCGUGGAAGAGCUCGAAGUGGGUGCCGCCGCCGGCUGAGCAUAUGGCACGUAUUAGGAGGGAGGCUGGUGUUGAUCUUGAGACGGCGGCGGCGGCUAGUGAUGGUGGUUUGAGUGGUGAUACGAGGACCGAGGCUCAUAAGGGGCCGGGGGAUGAGUCGCCCCGUCACGAGGAGAGGGUGUAG